AAUGCAUCAGAUUUACAGUGGCUGAAUUGGCGUUAUCAGGAGGUGAUAAUAUUGUACGCGCCUAUACUUAUACAUACCUACGUUGGCGUGCGCCUGUUGAUAUAAUUUCAGUUUCGAAAGCAUUUGUUGUCACGCGCGAGUAUAUUUUGUUACCAUAAAAAAAAUGCUCCUGUUCAACCUUAUAGUGCUGGCGACAGGAACGGUUUCAGCGGCGGUGGUAUUUGAGGAUUGUGGAUCAGAGUACGAAUUGGAUGAAGUUAACAUAGACGGGUGCGGCAUGAGGCUGCCCUGCGUAGUCACCCUGGGCGAGAAUGUUCCUGUCAACGUGAAGUUUUAUGCGGGCUUCUCAUCAACGCAACUCGACCAGGAUGUGGUGAUCAAUAUCAACUUAAUAAACUUAAAAACAAAUGUUACUCCAGAGCCCUGUCAAACUGUGCACUGUCCAGUAAGAACCAACGCGGUUACUUCUUUUACCAGCGUUAUGACUGUGCCCACCAAUAUGGCUCUGAAUCAACGGGGCUAUUUGCGUUGGCGCGUAUACAAUGAACAAGGCAGACAAGUGCUGUGCUACGCCGUGCUGGUGCAAACUCAGAGUCCACUGCAGAAGAUUCUUCGUCAAGCGAUGGCCCGCGUCCAGGACACACCGAGACACUCCCUCAAUUUGAGCAACGUAAAUGCCACUGAGCUAUCUUACAUAGAGAAAAUAGUCAAUGAUCACUAUCAGACAAAUAGUAGAUAGUUCGACUGUUAUGAAUACAUCUAUUGUAAAUAGAAGGCAAAGUGAUAAUGAAAAGAUAAUGGCAGACGUAAUAAAACUGUGAUUUACAGAUAAUGUAUUGUACCUACUUAAUGUCUUUGUUAGAGGAAGUUAAAGAUAUUGAUUAAUAUGAAAUCAGAAAUAAUAUACUAUAAAUAUCUAAAAUAUCUAAUUUGUAAAAUGGCAUUCAGUAGAAAUGACAAAAAGUAAAGCAAGGGUGCCGGCAGCGGGGUGCAAGGGGGUGCAAUAGCACCCCCCAGGCAGAUAAGAAAAUAUAUAAAAAAAUUACAUGUUUGUUUUAGUUGGACCAAUAUAGAUCUGCAGUGAUUUUGAUAGCGUAAUUCGCAACUAUAUAACACAAAAAAUAAAUUACUGCAUUCUAAUCCAUCUAUUAUGCACCACCUAGGGAUUGCAAUCCGGUCCGCCUGAUCCGGUAAUCCGGCCGGAUCCGGCACGUUUCAGGAGCUACUGUAUCCGGUAAAAAUAACCGGAUCCGGCAAAAUAAAAAAAAAACGCCUAAAUACAGCACGCACUGUGCGUUUUAGAUGAGGAAAAAGCGACGGAAGUUUAAAUUUAGAUAAAUAAAAAUAUAUUUAUUAUGACGAUGACUGGGAACAGAAGAUGCCUUUCAUGUUAGUGGCACGAUACGAAUACUGUAAUAGAAGGAAAAAUUAAAGGAUGGAGAUGCCAUAGAAGGCAUUUCUAAUUUAUGCUAAAGAGAAGGUUAAUGUUGUGUCAUAAUGAUGUGAUAGGAGAUUAAAAGUAAACAAAUGAGCAGGAUUAAGUCGGCGGUACUCAACCGACUAGAGUUGGGCUAAUCAAUAUGUGUUACAUGUGUGAAUGAAUAUAUGAUAACAUUGAUGAUCUUUAGUUUACUCCGAUUUUAUUUAUAUAUAUAUAUAUACAUAUAUAAUAAAAUCGGACAUUAUAUAUGAUAAAAUAUUGUUUAUUUUCUAUUCAAAUUUAAGAGAGAAUCUUUUGUAUUUACAAUUUCAACCAAUCUUAUGCAAUUUCCUUCAUCUCCUGUCUCCUGUUACAUGCUACUCUACGUCUAGCCAAUUCUUUAUUUGAUUCAUGUAACUUUUCUUAGGGAGUCCCUUUUCGCGAUAGAUUUCAAUCCUACACUGUAUUAUUUUUUGCAUCAGAUCGUCGUGUCGUGUUCCAUUCCCUAUAAUUUGACCAAUAUAAUUUUCUGUAAAUUAAGAAAAAGUUCAAUUUUUUAAAUCAUACAGUCAACUACUUUCUUGGGCAAAAAAUGAGGGCAAAUUUAAUAUCAUUUUGGCUUAUUUUCUUACUAGAAUGGAUGUCAACGUUACAAAGAAUUCAAUCAAAGAACAGUUACGAAAACUUGUCCUUUCAAGGAGUUCUAAUUCCCACCCCACAUCCCAUUACGAGGCUUUGGAAACUAAUCAAAUUUAUAAUUGUAAACGAAAAUUUGAGCACUUGUGAAUGGUUAAAUAUAAUAAAUGACCGAUAUUUUGUUUUUAAAGUGAUAUUGACAGUGUCACACCUUUUACUACUAAGUUCUAUUUUAUUGUUAAGUAGUUAUUUAUUAACUUCAAAGUAUAGAUUGAGGAAUACGUAUUACGCAAAAAACUAGAAAAAUAUGUCAUUUAAUUAACUUUAAUAUCCAUAUACCAAACCGGAUCCGGCCGGGUUAUGGCCAAAAUCCGGCCGGAUCCGGCCGGAUUGAAAAUCAAUCCGGUUUGCAAUCCCUAGCACCACCCUGAAAGUAAUCCUGGCGGCGCCCAUGUAAACAAGUUGUUUUUUUAUUAAAUGAGUACUAGUAACUAACAGACGUGUUUCUAAAAAAAUAAAAAUAAAGUGUAGGAUGCAUAAAGGUGAUUGAGAUUGAAAUUGAGGGAUUACGGAGCAUGUAAUAAAUACUAAUUGGUUUGUU